AUGUCGGAACAAACUCCUCUCUUGAGCUCUAUUUCUGAACCAACAAGGCAUGUGGUCAAGCGCCGCAAAAUGAACUACGGUUUUUGGAUCCCCAUAGUACUUUUCGUUACGAUGCUGAUAUCAGCAGUAACAGGAUUGGCACUUCAUAUAGGGCCGCAAAUAGGCGAUCUUGUGGACCAAAUGUGCGAGUUUAAUGUGCAGUCGGUGGGGUUUGCGGGUCUUCAAAAGGAUGGUGGUAUUGACUUGGUGAUUAAAGGCCAACACACUAUUGAUUAUGAUGCUCUUGACGACCAGAUUGCUAGGAAGGCAUUCAAAGUUGGUGGCUUCUCUCUGCAUUCUUUAAGCCUCAAACUGGACACCGUUGACAUGCUGGUUUACGAUGACGUUUAUGAGAAAUAUAAUGACCUUGGGAGGGUUUCUGUUGAACCGUUCAAAGUUGGGAUUCGCAACAAGCAGGUGACCCCACUGAAGCUUCUAAUGACGGUGUAUCCGAACUCAGAUAGUGUUCUUGGGGUGUUGAAAAAGAUGAUCCAGAACCCCGAUGCGCAAAUCAAGCUUUAUGGAGAUGCAAGUAUUCGGAUCAUGGUUUUCAAUGGGUUUAUGCCCAUCUCCAAGGUCAGAAUCCCAAUGGACUUUGCCCUUCCUACUCAUUUGAUCAAUCUGGAUAAGGAGAAUGUUAAGGUCAAAGGGUUUAGUGUUGAACAGGGUGAUGACGGCAUCCAUGUUGAUUUUGAAACCGUUAUCCAAAACGUUGCUCGUGAUUUGAAUAUUCCACUAGGUUUCUUCGUCCCUUCUGUCAAUUGGAAAUUAUUGCUAAAUGAUUGCAAUGAUUUACCUACGAUUCCAGUUUUGGAGUUCUCCACCGGCAAAAUGGAGCUUUCUUCCACAAAUCCGUUGAAUUUUGGAGUCAGUGCUUCUGUUGGUUCAUUACCCGAUUCAGUGAAUGUUCGGUGUGAUGACAAAAAGUCACCUCUGACCCGUUUUUUGAGCUCGGCCGUUGACGAUAGUCUCGUUAAAUUCACUGUAUCGGCUUCCAAAGACAACAAAUUUCCAGUGAUGGUGAACCGCAUCUUGGAGAAGAUGACUGUACCGGUGUCCUUUGGCUUGGAUGUCAAGGAUAAACUUGGAUCUCUGCUCAAGAAUGUUACCAUGGAAGAUAUCGCCUUUCAGUUCAUGGACCCAUCAAAUGAACCAACUAUUGAUGGAAAUCUCAAGAUUUUCCUGAGUGUUCCGAGGUUUCUGAGGACUGACGUCAAUGUAACCGACAUAAGGGGAACAGCAGAUCUUUUGUAUGAAUCCUCUAAGUUUGGCGAGAUAAAUCUGAAACACUGGAAACCCGCAACGACAGAUGUUCUUGAUGACGAUGAAGAGAAUGAAAAAAAUUAUUUGGUGCUAAUUCAGGCACAGUUAGAGCACGUUAUUCUGGUUCUUACCGAUAUUCCACUCUUUGAAAAGAUAGUGCAAAAGGUGCUGGGAUCCGGGUCCGUCGAUGUUGAUAUUGAUGCUCUGGUGGACUUGCUGGUAUCCAGCUUUAUUGGUCAGUUGACUGUUGAGAAGGUUAAUGGAAAGGGAAGUGCUAGUAUUGGGGUAUAA